CCUUUUCGUCUGUGUCUAGGAAUGGCCUCUGCUAACACUUCCUGGACUGAAGAGAACUUUUUAUGUUCAAUCUGUCUGGAUGUCUUCAGCAGUCCAGUUACCACCCCAUGUGGACACAACUUCUGCAGAACCUGUAUUACAAAGUUCUGGGAUGAACAAGUCAAGUACAAAUGUCCUGUUUGCAACAAACUGUUCCCAACUAGACCUGAUCUACGGGCAGAAGUUCCCUGUGACGUCUGUACUGGGACCCAGCAGAAGGCUGUGAAGUCCUGCCUAGUGUGUCUUGUCUCUUUCUGCCAAACCCACCUGGAGCCACAUCAGAGAGUCGCAGGCCUGAAGAAACAUCGGCUGGUCGAGCCUAUGGACCGUCUGGAAGACAGGAUGUGUAAGAAACACAAUCAACUUCUGGAGCUCUUCUGCCAGACUGAACAGGUGUGUGUGUGUCUGUUGUGCACAGUGACAGACCACAAGUCCCAUCCUGUUGUACCUCUAGAGGAGGAAUAUGAAGUGAAGACGGCCCAGCUGGGGAAGAUAGAGGCUGAAGUUCCUCAGAUGAUCCAGGAGAGAAAAGAAAAGAUUAAAAAGAUCAGAGACACAAUAAAAAUUAGCAAGAAAGACGCAGACAGAGAGAUAGCUGAUGGUGGACAGGUCUUCACUACUCUGAUAGGCUGUGUUGAAAUUUGCCGGGAUGAUUUCAACCAAACGGUUAAAGAGAAACUGAAAUCCACAGAGAAACAAGCUGAAGACCUUAUCAAAGAGCUGGAGCAGGAAAUAGAAGAUCUGACCAAUAGAAGCUCAGAGGUGAAGCAGCUCUCACACACUGAAGACCACCUCCACUUCCUCCAGACCUUCAGAUCCCUGAAGGAUCCUCCACCCACCAGGGACUGGACCACGGUGGAGGUCCGUCCUCCGUCAUACGUAGGGACCUUGAGGAGAUCCCUGGAUCAGCUGGAGGAGACACUGAACAUGGAGUUGAAGAAGCUGCCUGACUUGAAACCAGGUGUAAAGAAGUAUGCCUGUGAACUCACACUGGACCCGAACACAGCCCACAGACAUCUCUAUCUGACUGAUAAAAACAGAAAGGUGACACAGCUUGGAGUCGAUUCGUUGUGUUGUCACGGGCCUGAGAGAUUUGACUACAGUAGACAGGUGCUCUGUAGAGAGGGUCUUACUGGCCGCUGUUACUGGGAGGUAGAGAGGGAAGCAAUGGUGGAUAUUGGAGUGACAUACAGAGCGAUCUCCAGGAGAGGAUUCGGAGACAGUGAGCUUGGACACAACAAACAUUCCUGGUGUCUCAAUUGUUGUGAUGAUGAAAAUGAUGAUGGAGAUGAUGUUUACUCUGCCUGGCACAACAGUAGAAAAACAAUCAUACCUCUCCCUCCCUCUGGCUCUACCAGAGUAGGAGUGUAUCUGGACCGGCCUGCUGGCUCUCUGUCCUUCUACAGAGUGUCCCCAGGUGGAGGAAGGUCCUCAGACACACUGACACACAUCCACACCUUCCAGGCCUCCUUCACCCAGGAGGACCUCCUCCCUGGGUUUAAGUUAUAUGAGUCUCGUUCCACAGUGUCUCUGUGUCAGUUAUAG